AUGCCUAGCAUCGUAUUGUGUCGUGUGCCCCUAGUGUUUAAGUUAGCUUUAAGAAUGUCUUCUACUAAGGUCACUUAUGAGGAUGCAGUUCAGAAACUCAACUUGUUACAAUCAAAUAAAUCAACAAUUGAGCAGAUACGGAAAGAUAUUAAGGCUGGUCAAAGAUGCACCAAUAUAGAGGAUAUGGAAAAAUACCUAAAGCGAACAGGGGUGACUAUGAACAUGUUGGACAAGCUUUCUAUUAUCCAUGUUGCUGGCACAAAAGGAAAGGGUUCAACAAGCGCUAUGUGCGAAUCCAUACUUCGCUCCCACGGAUUUCGCACAGGAUUUUAUUCAUCACCGCACUUGGUCGCUGUACGUGAAAGAAUACGCCUCCAUGGACGCAUAGUAUCGAAAGACAAAUUUGCUGAGCAUUUUCAUCAAGUGUAUGAUGCUCUUUAUAAUACGCAGGAGUUUAAAGGUGACAUGCCGAAAUACUUUGCCUUCCUAACAGUAUUAGCUUUCAAUGUGUUUCUGAAAGAAGCAAUCGACGUAGCUAUUGUAGAGGUGGGCAUCGGUGGAAUAGUAGAUUAUACUAAUGUUUUAAGGAAAGUACCAGUAGUAGGUAUUACAGCUCUGGGGUUCGACCACACCGCCAUAUUGGGUAAAACGCUUCCCGCAAUAGCUGCUGCUAAAGCGGGAAUAAUGAAGCCCGGUUGUGUUGCCUUUACAGUGCAGCAACCACCAGAGGCUAUGGAAGUGCUUAAAAGUGUAGCUGAAAAUGUUAAGUGCUCUCUUAACACAGUUCCUGAAUUUAGUACAUAUAAAUUUGAAAAUGGAUACAGACUAUCUAAUGAAUUAGAAGCGUACAGAACAAAUGCAUCUCUCGCUAUACAAUUGGCUCAUGCUUGGAUGAGAAUUAACAGACAAAAUUCACAAAAUUGUAAAGAACAACAAAGUAAUGUUGUAACCACAACUUCAUCCGAGAAAAACAAUCAAAAUAUUAUGAUAGACACAUUAUUAAAAGACACAAUUUUGGGAUUAAAGAAGUGUAAAUGGCCGGGAAGAUACCAAGUUAUAAAGUUAGAUUAUGCUGAGUUCUUCUUAGAUGGUGCACACACUCAGGAAUCUAUGGAUGUUUGUGCCAAGUGGUUUAAAGAAAACGACAGG